UUUCAGAUAAGUUGCUAGAUCUUUUUGAUUGUCUUGUACAAAACUCAUCAUCAACAUUUUCUUUUGAACCAGAUGAUAAAGAUAUAGAAGAAAAGUUUGAAUCUGUUAUGGUUACUUCAAAGAAAGUUGAAGAAAAGUGUCAAAUAUUGCCAUAA